AUUGAAAAAGUAAAUAGCUUAUUUACAAAAAAAAAAAAAUAUAUAUUUAUUUUUUUAAUUUCGAAAUUCUUCAUUUAUCGAAAAUGGCGCUGGCGCAACAAUACUCGAACAUUUCGGAGGAAGUAAUGGAAUAUCUGUUCGAUCAGAAGAUACGCGAACGCGAUCUAAUUGCCGAAAAAGAGGAGCUCAAAUUGCGCAUGAACAAGAUCGAGGAGCACCUGGUUCUACUGCAGAACCGCGACGACGAACUAACCUGCAUGAUCGCCGCCGGCAAUCUCUACCAGCUGAGCACCGUCAAGCUGGUGCGAGAGGGUCUCCUGGCCAGCCUAACGGCCAGCAUGCAGCCGUACCUCAAGCUGCAUCGCAAACUCCUGCGUUUGCAGCGACACAUUCGCGAGGAUCACAGCGUGUUGUAUGAGAACUUGAUCAGAACGCCGAGCACUUAAUGCAAUGCACCUUAUAAAAAGACGAAGUUUAGAUAAAUAAAUUUAGCUGAUAAAAUAACUUAA